UGAAACCUACCUUAAGCUCCUUUUAUCUCCGCUCUAAAGGUAACCCCGAUUAUUGCUGACUUAAGCAUCGAAGUGUCUACCCCGAGGUCCACCUCGGGGCUUUGCAGGUCAUUCCGAAGUGCAGUUGCGGACUGAAGAAGGACUUCUGGUUCGUUGCAAUUACAUUGGCGCCAUCUGUGGGAAACGAACUGAAAGCUUUCUAGUUGCUCUUCCAUCAUGAUUCACACUCGAUCAGUCCGAGCUGGUAAUUCAUCUCUGCCUCUUGGGCAAGGUCAACCCCCUAACAACGUUCCACCUCUGAUCCCACCUCAAAUCCCAACUCAACUUCCACCUCAGCUUCCACCUCAGUUCGGUGUUUUUCAGUUGGUACUGGCUCAACUUUUAGCCAGAAAUAAUCCUGGUGAUCCCCUCAUCAAUUUACUGCAUCCUGCUCAACAACCCCCAGCUCCACAACCGAAUCCUCAACCGGUUCAUCAUGCUCCCGCUAUUAGUGAAUCUCAGGGCCAAUCCCACAUAGCACCCGCUCCACAACCCAUCCCUGAUGAUGUUACUCGCCGCCUCGAUAGCUUGGAAAAGCUAGUAGCUGAACACCGAGGUGCACCACCCCCACAUCAUGCUGCUGACUCUAUACCUCACCCUCUGAAUACCAACAUUACUCUGGAGCCCUAUCCUGCUGGCUUCAAAAUACCACAGCUGGAGACUUAUGACGGGACGAAGGAUCCCGAUGACCACUUGCAUGCUUUCUACUCUUGUAUGCAAGCUCAGAACGCCUCUGACGCGUUGAUGUGCAAGAUCUUCCCCUCUACUCUCCAAGGUAAUGCCCGAACUUGGUAUUACAGUUUACCUCCGAGGUCAACUAGCUCGUAUACAGAAAUGGAAUUUGCCUUUGCCACUAAGUUUUCCAGUAGAAGGUUGAUUAGGAAAACUACUUCUGAGUUGAUGCGGGUUAAACAGAGAGAUGGAGAAUCAUUGAAGAACUAUAUGAGCAGGUUUAAUGAUGCAGUUUUAGAGGUUAAUUCCUUUGAUCAAGCUGUGGGGAUUGCCGCUGUGAUCUCCGGACUUAAGCAUGACAGGUUCAGAGACAGUUUAAUUAAACAUGCUGCCACCACCUUCAGCGAGAGAGCUGAACAGCCGAGGUUUGUCAGAGAGCAGAGGCCGCAGCCUCAAGGAGUCCGCAACCCCCCAAAUAGACAAGGUGUGGGAUAUCAGCAAGCCCUACCUCUGCUCCCACCACCGGCUAGAAUCAUACAUAUGAUUACAGGAGGCCUUGAAGCCGGAGGACUGAGCUCUAAACAGCGAAAGUUGUAUGUCAGAGAGGUCAAGCAUCAGAACCGAGCUCAGAAGCGGAAGAUCAACGAUGCUGAAUGGAAGAAUCAACUCAUUACUUUCACAUCUGCUGACCUCGACACAGUUGUUACACCCCACAAUGAUCCUCUGGUCACUUCUGUCAUGAUUAAUAACUGUGAAGUACAGCGUGUCCUUGUUGACACCGGGAGUGCAUCAGACAUCAUGUAUUUCCACUGUUUCGAGAGUCUGGGACUGGAUCCAGCAUUGUUACAAAAGUAUGAUGGUCCUAUCUAUGGUUUCAACAACCAACCUGUUCCGGUAGAAGGAGUUCUUACCCUCUAUGUGGCUUUUGGGAGUGGUCGGACCUAUGUAGCCCUCCAGUCCGGUUUCUCGUCGUCAAGAUGGCCUCUUCUUUUAAUAUUCAACACUGUGAGAAAAUCAGGAGGUGGCAAGACAUUGUUAUAUCACCUCGAGAUCGUUGAUAAUCGACCGGAAGAUGAAACCAGAGCUGCUCCGGUCGAAGAUGUUGAAGAAGUGCUCGUUGAUGACAGAGAUCCGAGCCGAAAGACGCAGAUCGGAACUAGAUUGAACCCAGAGGAGAGAGCAGAACUGAUAGCUUUUCUCCGAGCUAACAAUGAUCUGAAGUCUUAUCUUAGCUCACCACCUCUGUUGACUAAGGCUGUAGAUGGAGAGAUUCUUUACUUGUACCUGGGGAUUUCAGAUGAGGCCAUCAGUUCGGUUCUGGUGAGAGAGGAAGCCAAACAACAGAAACCAAUCUAUUAUAUCAGCAGUGUGCUGCACGGGGCAGAGCUGAGGUAUCCUAUAGCUGAGAAAGCAGCAUUAGCAGUUGUCACCUCGGCUAGGAAGUUGAGGCCGUAUUUCCAAUCACACCCAAUUAUCGUUCUUACAGAUCAACCUCUCCAGCAGAUUCUGCAGAAACCAGAGUGCUCUGGAAGAUUAAUUAAGUGGGCAGUAGAACUGGGGGAGUUUGAGAUCACGUUUCAGCAGAGAUCACAACUCAACGAAUGGACUUUAUAUGUUGACGGAGCAUCUAGUAGCAAGGGUUCAGGGGCUGGUGCUCUUUUGAUUGGUCCCGACGGUUAUCGAAGCGAACAUGCUUUGAAGUUCAACUUUGAUUCGACAAAUAAUAUGGCUGAGUAUAAAGCUCUGCUACUUGGCCUACAACUAGCAUUAGAGUUGAAAAUCAGUGCAAUUCAAGUGUACAGUGACUCCCAGCUGGUGGUGAACCAAAUCAACUCUAUUUGCGAAGUCGUUGAUCCUAUGAUGGUGAAGUAUGCAGCCUUGGUGGCCGAGCUGAAGUGCAAAUUCCAGAAAUUCUGUCUGAGUAAAAUUCCCCGAGCUGAGAAUAAACAGGCAGAUUCACUCUCUAAGUUUGCCUCUGACAGCUCUUUAAGCUCCAGGUCCGUUUUUGUAGAGGUCUUAGAUCAACCAAGCUUCACGAAACCUCGGGUGAUGGAGAUUAGCACAAACCCUGAUGCGCUGAGCUGGAUUGAUUCAAUUGUCUCCUUCUUACGAGAUGGGAUAGUACCUGAGGACGGGCAGGAGGCACUGAAAUUGAGGAAGAAAGCAUCUCGGUAUACACUUGUUGAUGGAGUCCAAUAUAAGAGAUCUUUCUCACUUCCUCUUCUACGGUGUUUAAACCCUUAUGAAGCUGAAUAUGCACUUCGAGAGGUGCAUGAGGGUGUCUGUGGGAGCCAUGUCGGUGCUAGGACUCUGGCUCACAAAGUCUUAAGGCAGGGAUACUACUGGCCAAACAUGUACAAAGAUGCCACUUACUUUGUUCAGAAAUGCCCGAAAUGUCAAUUCUUCGCACAUCUGACUCAUCAACCAGCAGAAGAGCUCACAAACAUGGUAGCCCCGUGGCCAUUUGCUCAGUGGGGACUGGAUCUUUUAGGCCCAUUCGUGAAAGGGGUUGGUGGUGUAACCCAUCUGGUUGUUAGUGUGGAUUAUUUCACGAAGUGGGUUGAAGCUCGACCUUUAUCUAGUCUUACCUCUAAGAAAGUUGAAGAUUUUGUUUUCAGUUCGAUCAUCUGCAGAUAUGGGAUCCCAAAUCAGAUUGUGGCUGAUAACGGAACUCAAUUCAAUUGCUCCUCAUUUCGAGAUUUCUGCUCCAGUUAUGAGAUCAAGUUACAGUUCACCUCCGUUUACCAUCCGGAGUCCAAUGGCAUGGUUGAAUCUGUUAACAAAUGCAUCCUGGAAGGUAUAAGGCCGAGAUUGGAGCAACAUAAGGCCAAGUGGGCAGACAAGCUCAAUAACGUCCUCUGGGCAUACAGAACCAUGAGCCGAACUGCCACAGGUGAAACACCCUACCACCUGGCCUUUGGUACCGAAGCAGUCAUUCCUGUUGAGAUAGGAGUCUCAAGCUUCUGGGUCACCCAUUUCGAUGAAGAACGAAAUGGACAACUGCUUCGGGAAAACCUUGAUCUGCUUGCUGAAGUCAGAGAAGAAGCUCGGCUUCGAACUCUUGUAUACAAGCAGAAACUAGCCAACUUCUACAAUAAGCGGGUCCGCCCUCGAACAUUCAAAGUAGGAGACCUUGUUCUCAGAAAAGCUGGCCUAACGGGGUUUGAAACUCGUUUUGGCAAACUUGCCCCAAAUUGGGAAGGCCUCUAUGCCGUGGCCGAGGUGCCACAUCCUGGUGCUUAUAUUCUCCAAGACGCUGAAGGAAAGAGAGUUCCUAGAGUCUGGAAUGUCAAUAACUUGAAGAAAUUUUACCCCUAAUAAAAUUUUUUCAAGUGUUUUAAGUCUUACUGUUCUUUACGUUUCUCACUUCGUGUUUAUUGAGAAUCAUUUUACCUCUUAUUCUAUGUAUCUAAGGUCAAUCAGUUCAUUCCCUUCUGUUAACAAAUAUCACUUCACAUU